AGCAAGCAACGGAUGGCAUAAGGAAAGAGGUCCUGUCUGGUAAGUACUGUUAAUCUUGAGAUUUUAUGAUAAAAACGUUUUGAAAAUAUUAGUUGGCCAGAGAUGGAAGAGCAGCGAUCCCUUUCCUUACUGCUGGUUCUGAUGACGUUUUCAACGUUGACUCUAAAUAUUGGACACAUGAAGUGUAAUGGACAUUCUGCAAAUCUGCCGACUUAUCCUAUAGAUAAGGAGAAAAUAGAGACCAAGUGGACUCCUUGGACAAAUAGACUAUUUCAAUGUGGCUAUCUGAAUCAGAAUUUCACCCCUGAGGAAAGAUCAGAAGGUACAGCUCUGAUGGAAGUGAUUGAAUGGCCAAAGCCCCCCAACCCUGCUGUACGUUUUCAGAAAAGCAGUGACCCAUCACAUGCAUAUUUUGUUAUUUUAAAUUCUGGAAAGACUUUCUAUGUUGGAGAUCAGCUACAGGUGAUGGUGCGUAUGUACGAUUUUGAAGGAAAUCGGAAGCAAUAUGGGGGUGACUAUCUGCAAGCCCGGAUCCACACUCCAGAGUUGAAAGCCGGUUCGGCAGGAACGGUUAUAGAUCAUCAAAACGGAACUUAUCAUAUCAAUUUUACUUUAUUCUGGCCAGGAAAAGUCCAAGUGUCUGUUUCACUGGUUCAUCCUAGUGAGGGGAUCAAAGUACUAAAACGGCUGCGUGAGGAACAACCAGAUCGAGUACAUUUCCAAAGUACCUUUAAGUUAAUGAAUAUUUCAGAGACCACUGUGUGCAAUCUGUGCUUGCCUCAGAAUAAAAUACUCUGCAACUUCACUGAUCUCAGGACUGGGGAGCCCUGGUUCUGCUACAAACCAGCGAACCUUCCUUGCUCUUCUCGCAUCAACCACGGAAUGGGAGGUUAUAAGAAGCACCUCAUAACAGAAAAUGAGAGCCACUUAUUCCAAAGUAAAAUCAACAUCAAAGUGCCCAUAUUACCCAAAGGACUGGGAUACAUAAAAGUAAAGGCUACAGCUCAAAGAGGCAAAGAUCUUGGAAAUUGUCUUCCUGGCAAGCCUCUGCUUCCCCCAACAGGAUUUUAUUUUCAGGACCUGUGGUCAUCGACAAGCUGCAACAUUCGUCAUUUCAAAACUCCAGCAAGCAUCCUCAACUGUCUUCGUGGGAAAAGGGUCCACAUGUUUGGAGAUUCUACUAUGCGCCAGUGGUUUCAGUUUAUGAUAGAAUUUGUGCCAGGUCUCAAAAAUGUAACUACCAUGGUAACGGAAAAAUAUGGCCCGUACAGCAUUGUGGAUGUAAAAAAUGACAUUACCAUGCAUUAUUAUAUCCAUGCCAUACCAAUUCGAAUACCUUCCAUUUCAAUUGUGAACCUCCCAUUCAUUGCCAGCAAGUUGGAUGACAUUCAAGGAGGAAAGAACACAGUUAUAGCCUUCACGAUCUGGUGCCAUUUCAAUACUUUUCCAGUGGAGCAUUACAUCCGACGACUACAGAACAUUCGGAGGUCAAUUCUACGCUUACUGGGUAGAAGUCCUGAUACAGUAAUUGUAAUAAAGACAGCCAAUGUCCAGGCCCUUUCACAGGGGAUUAGUCUCUAUAAUAGUGACUGGUUCUCCUACCAGCUUGAUUUAGUGAUGAGAAGGAUGUUUGAGGGCAUCAAUGUGGCAUUUGUGGAUGCAUGGGAGAUGACUAUAGCCCAUUAUCUACCACAUGACGUACACCCCAAGGAAAUCAUCAUCAAGAAUGAAGUAGAUAUGUUCCUUUCAUACGUGUGUCCUCUAUAAGGGCAAUAAGUGCUGCUUUAAGUAUGUUGCAGUUAAGUUCUAGUAAUAAUAUGAUCAACGUUUAAACCACCAAAAAAUGUGAUACCAGCAUAACUUAGCUUCCUCAAAUUAACAUAUUGUUCAGCUAUUUCCAUACGGCUUCUCCUGAACAUCUGCUGCAAAAUCAUAAAUUCCUGGGAUAUAACAUUUAUUCCCUAUAUAAAUUCAAAUCUGCAAUCACUAACUUUCAACCAAUGACUUUGGUUGUCAAGACUGGGUCAUAGCUCUCAUGCUUAUAUAAUGGGGGGGGGGCAGGGAAGCAGGGUUCAGGGUUAACUGAAGUAAUGUUGCAAGAAGUUACAGGUAAAUGAUGAGGUAAUCCCCCAGUCUCCCUCCCCCAACCCCACAAUCACAGAGUAGCCCUUGUAUUUUUCAUUUACAUUCUGUCCUUUAGUAAACAUAUUCCAAACAUGACUGAAGACUCCACAUAUUUAUGAAUGCUCCUCACCACCAAA